UUGCCAAAACCUGAAUUGUAUCCGAAGAUUGAAGAAGCAUUGCUGACAGCUGUUAAAGAGGUUUGUGGAGAUGGAUCAGUAACGUUGCAACAGUCUGAAGAGCCGGCUAUUCGUGUAGAAGCUGAUGAAAAGGUUGCCAUCAUCUCUUCGGGAGGGGCUCAAGUCGAUUGCGAUGAUCCUCUAUUGCGGCACCUUCUUUCGACCAUCAGUUCAAAACUGAGAAGAUGUGUUGCUCCAGAGAAAGUCACACCUUCUGAAGCAAUGGAAGUCGAUGAAAAAUAA